AUGACUGAAGCACUCUUGUGCGUCCUACACUCAGCGCGUGAUGAGGACGGACAAGAUGGAUGCUUAUCAGUUUACUACAAAAAUGGAAGUCCAUUUCUUUCAUUCUGCAAAUAUUCACUUCAAAAUAGUACAAUUCAAACACUUCCUUUCACAUCAAUUACGAAUAUUGUAACGAAAAUCGACGAGUCAUCAAAAAUAAAUAUCGUAACUAAUGGACAACCAGUUCCAACGAUUUAUUUUCUAAAAUCAAUUCAUGAUGUUUACACAUUUUUCCAAAUUCUAGUUGCAAAUGGUAUCAUUAUGGCAUCGCCAGAUGAUUCAGAAGUGUGGAUUCCUGCUCAGGGCUCCAGACCAUCAGAUCCUGUUGAUUGGAUCCUUCAGCAUUCAUAUUUAGUCAAUCCAGCGCAAUUUCAUUACAAUUCUAAGCCUCCUUAUAAUCUUUCCGUUAUCGGAACAAGCUUUACUUUAUCUUCUCAUCGCGAAAUUUUAAAAUCAUUGAUUCAAACAGGAAAAGAUUCAGACGACUACAAACUAUUCAAUUCAGAAAUCGAUAAAAACAUAUUUAUUUCGCUUGCAACACCAAAGAAAAUCGAAGAAUACUUAAAUGUCAGAGGCCAAUGGGAAUGCCGCAUUGCACAUCAGUUUAAAGGUCGUUCCAAGCUUAAUUCUGACCUUGACAAGCUUUCCAAAGACUUAAUACGUAUUUCUUCCGAAACAAAAGUAUUAAAAUUGAUUUACAACGUUUUAUCAACAUUAAUGAUAUUCGCACCUGAUCUAGGUUACGCACAAGGCAUGACAGACAUAUGCAUGAUCCUUAUUAACCUAAUUUUCGGAUCAGAUAUUGAAUGUGACGAUAAAUCACAAUCAAUUGUCUUUUGGUCUAUGCACAUGAUUAUGUUUGAAUACGGUCAAUCCAAAUGGUACAUCAAUACUGAGAAUUCCACACUUUAUUUGACAGAUGACAUAAAUUUUGUUUUGAGUGCCAUUUAUCCUGCCGUUGCCACUUACGUUAGCUUCAACAACUACGAGGUAUUCAAGCACAUCACACCAUGCAUGUUUACAAUGAUGGCAAGGACAUUAGGAGAAGAUUUGUUGGAAAAAAUUUUUCCUAUAUUGAUAAAAUACAAAUCUGUCAACAAAAUCUAUACUUGUAUACUCAUUACCAUCUUCAUUUUGGAGUUUCCUAACAUGAUUAAGCGAAGUGUUCCCGAUAUCAUCCAAAUUUCGAACUUGGCAUGCGAAAAAUACGAAAUCAAGGACAUGGAAGAGUUUCUAAGCAUUGCUUCUUCUAUAUUCAACAGAGUUCCUGAAGAUGAACUCGAUCAGGAACCAAUGUACUUCAAAUUCGAACUCUUCAAGCCAUUAGAGUUCAAAUAA